GCUUGGCAAAACGGUACAAAGCUUGAGGCAUUGGUGGAGGAGUGAAGUCCAUGUUCUUCCUACAUUCUCGAAAUUCGAGACAACCUUUUUCCAGAGGCUUAUCAGUUAUGACCCAGUACGAGAAGAUAAACAGAGGAAAAAAGUGAAAGAUCCUUCAAAACCCUUUCGUCCUGUGAAUUGUGAUUGACCCAAGCCUUGCUUUCACACACAGUACCCAUUCAUUCCACUGUAAACUCCCACUUCUCCGGCGACUCUUGUCUCUCUCAAAUCUGGUCUGCCUGCAAUAUAACUCUCGAGGGGCUUACUAUUUUGAGCUCUGAAAGUGAUUGCAUUUGCCCAGAUUGUGUAUCCCAUUGCCUAAUUUUUGGGUCCCAUAUAUGCCUAAGUUUUCAAUCCCAGACCCAUUUUUCUCAAUCCCAUUCCCCCUCACACUAAAAGACACACUCUUUUCCUUCUUCCUCUUCCUUUACGGCCCAUUUUUUAUGUAACCCAAUUCCUCGACUGAUUUGGUCAUAAUCAUAUGGUAUUAUAUUCACCUUUCACUGGUCUCACAUGCAAAAUAUGAUGUCCUGGGCCAAAAAAUGAGAGCAUGUGAUAUUUCUUGGAUGGUCAUGGUGGCAUCCCACGGCGGCCCUCUUGAAUUUCUGGGAAUUUGACCGUCUUUUUCAGCUUAUUCAGAUAUGCUGAAACAGGACAUGUAUAUGCUUGAACCCACUUUCCUGCUUUGUAUCUCUAUUGGGUUUUUGCUGCAUUCCCUUGUGGGUGGGCAAAUUCCCUUGGAUUCACAACUUGCUGUUGCUGAGAACAAAUUUUGGUUCUCACCCAGUGGUGAUUUUGCACUUGGAUUCUUUGACCGUUCGGACCAACCUAACCUGCAUAGCAUAGGGAUCCGUUUCAAUUCGGAUUCUAUUCCUGUUGAUCAAAGGAAGGUGGUCUGGGUUGUUGGAGCUGAUGUCGCGGUCAGUAACGAGUCUUAUUUUCAGCUCAACCAGGAAGGAGAACUGGUUUUGUUUGAUUCCUUUAAGGGAGUCACUGUUUGGAGUAGUGACACAAGCAAGUUAUCAGUUGUUUCGGCUGAUCUUCGUGAUGAUGGAAAUCUUGUUCUACUCAACGGUAAGAAAGAUGUUGUUUGGCAAAGUUUCAAUACUCCAUCGGACACGCUUCUUCCAGGACAGACCUUAUCUGUUUCUCAAACGCUUCGAGCUGCCAGCAAGAAUUCUAUGUCUAGUUACUUCACUCUUUAUGUGAAUGAUUCUGCAGGUCAGUUACAACUAAGGUGGGAAAGUCAUGUUAUUUACUGGACAAGUGGAAAUACCAUUAGUUCAAACAUCACUGUUUUCCUUACUUCUAAUGGAGCACUGCAACUCCGCGACCAAAAAUCGAAACCUGUUUGGUCUAUGUUUGGACAAGAUCAUAAUGACUCUGUAAGGUACCGCUUUCUUAGGUUGGACGUUGAUGGUAAUCUCCGGUUAUACUCAUGGGUAGAAGCAUCACAGGCUUGGAGGUCGGUCUGGCAAGCUGUUGAGAAUCAGUGCAAGGUCUUUGCAACCUGUGGACAAUGUGGUAUCUGUCUCUUCACUGCAACAGGAUCUGAGUGCAAAUGUCUGUUUAAGGUUACAGCAGACUCUAACUCAAGAUGUUUGGUUCCAUAUCGGCAGGACUGCAAAUCAAAUUCCAAUAUGAUGAUGUAUAAGCACACCUAUCUAUAUGGGAUAUACCCACCGGAGGAUUCGGUUAACCAAACUAGCUUACAGCAAUGCAAAAGCUUGUGCCUGAAUGAUCCAUUGUGUACAGUUGCAACAUUCACAAAUGAUGGAACUCCACAGUGCCGACUGAAGAAAACUCGGUAUGUCACUGGUUAUUCAGACCUAAGUUCAGUGUCUUUUGUCAAGACAUGUUCAGAUCCCUUAGCUGUUAAUCCCAAUCGCAAUGUAACCUCCCCUGCUGCAGGUUCUCAACCCAUACAACAGUCUUAUAAGUAUUGUAUUCCUUGUCUAACUGGAGUAGCCUCAGGCACAUUUGCUUUGCUUAUUGUAAUUCAGUUGGGAGUUGGUUUCUUCAUCUACCGAAGAAGAACCGGCAUUAGGACGAAAGCAACUUUAGCUUACACAGGCUAUAACUCAAGGGGUUUAAUUGUGUUAUCCUUCUCUGAAGUCAAGGAUCUUACAGGGAAUUUCAAGCACCGAAUAGGACCGAAGAUGUUCAAAGGUACGCUACCCAACAACCAACCAGUUGCAAUCAAAGACCUGAAAGCAAGCAUAGAAGAAAGGAAGUUUCGAAGCGUAGUUUUGAAAAUGGGAAGCAUUCAUCACAAAAAUCUUGUGAGGUUGGAGGGCUACUGUUGUGAAUCAAGUCACAGAUUUUUGGUUUAUGAAUAUGCAAAGAAUGGUUCGGUGGAGAAAUAUGUUGAGGAUUCUAAAUUGAGUAAGAGGCUGGCCUGGAGAAAGAGAGUUGACAUAUGCUUAAGCGUGGCAAGGGCUGUUUGCUAUUUGCACACAGGGUGUAGGGAGUUUGUAAGCCAUGGGAAUUUGAAAUGUGAAAACGUUGUCUUGGAUGAAAAUUUAGAGGCCAAGGUGACUGAAUUUGGGCUUUGGAGAGUAAACAGCGAGGCAUCAGACAGUGGAUUUUCUGCAGAAAAGGAUGUGAAGGAUUUUGGGGAGAUGGUGUUGAGAUUGAUCAGUGGGUGUCCAGAUGUUGGGGAUCUUUGUGAGUGGGCUUAUAAGGAAUGGAUGGAAGGGCAGGGAGAGAAUGUAGUAGAUAAAGCCAUUGAUGUAAAAGGUGUAAAUUUGGAGGAGCUGGAGCGUGCAUUGAGAAUCGCAUUUUGGUGUCUUCAAAGCAAUGAACAUAUGAGGCCUUCUAUGGGAGAGGUGGUGAAGGUGUUAGAAGGUACAUUGACAGUUGAUCCUCCGCCACCUCCAUUUUCCUUCCGACCGCCACCAGAAGCAGAGGAAGAGUCAUUGGAGUAAUGCUUGGAAUCAAAAGAGCCCAGAUGAAUUUUGUGGGUUAUUUGUUGUAUUUGUUUAAUUCCAUUUACCAUGUACAGUUUUAGGACUAACAUGCAGGAAGAUGACAACUUGGUCUGUAGCUGUUUGAGAUAGGCAUGCCAAACAGCCAUGUUCAGUGGAAUUUUCGUGUGUUAUGUUUAGCAAAACCAUGGAAACUUUUUGGAUGAGACUUGGGGUAUAUUCAUGUAACCUUCAUAUUUGCAGUGAUGAGAAAUUAAGAGUAUUCCCAAAUCUGUUCGAAAAUUC